AUCAAGACAUUGAGGUUAGGACAUCACUUCAAUCAUUCAUUGACAUGUGAUGUACUCCCAACAACAUUGGAAUGCCUAACAUUUGGUGAUUCAUUCAAUCAAUUGAUUGAGUCUGGACAUCUGCCCGCAACACUCACAAGCCUCACCUUUGGCCAUGAAUUCAAUCAACAGAUUGUUGUUGCUGAACAGUGUGUCCUGCCAUCGGGCCUAAAGACUCUAAUGUUUGGAGCAUGCUUCAACUCUUUGAUCACGCACAGCUCACUCCCAAACUCAUUGACCAACCUGAUCUUUGGUCAAAGGUUCAAUCAUAAAUUGGAGUCUGGUACCAUUCCAUACUCAUUAACAACUCUAGAACUGGGCGUUGGAUAUACACACACGAUUGACUUGUCGACACUACCUCAAUCAAUCACAAAGUUAUCAUUCGCAAGAGCAUACAAUGGUCGUGUGCUUGUCACCGGCACACUACCUCCAUCCCUGGUCAAACUGGAGAAUGUGCCCAAUGUCCUGGACAGUGAGCGACGGAGCAUACUACCCUUUGGGCUGCAGUCUCUCACCAUGUCACACAGCCAUCAGUAUGACUACAUCCCUCCGGGCACACUGCCAUCAACCAUCACACAUCUCCACUUUGACCACCUGUUUGAGCAGACGAUUGAGCGCAGCUUCCUCCCCGCCUCACUUACAAAACUCAAGUUUGGCAUGCACUUUGACAAGCCACUAAUCUUUAAUCUGCCCGCUGGUCUGACCUCUCUCACCUUUGGUACACUGUUCAAUCGACCUUUGUGCAAAGGUCGUCUUCCAGUCGGUUUGACAAAGUUACGACUUGGCCCGCGAUUCAACCAGGCGAGCGAGGAUGUUGACCUCCCAUCAAGUAUCACGCGACUAUGUCUUCAACAUCCAGCGCAUCAAAUGCAUUUGCUUUGCAAAGACCUUGCGUUGGAGAGCGUAGCAUUCAUCGAGGAUGAUCACAGUCCAUUCUCCAAAAAACCAUUGAUCAGUGUGGCGAGUAGCCUUGGUGUUGGCACUCUAAAGAGUCUAUCACUCAGACAUCUGGAUGUUAGAUGUUGUGAUGGUACAUCAUGGACUGAACUCAAACAUCACAUGUUGACAUUGAUCAAUCUAUUUACAAGUGUCGAGACAUUCAGUCUAUUCCAUCAUGUCGCUGGCGCUGAUGGACAGACGAUCGUUCAUCACAUGCGAUUCCUGAACCGCGCCACAGACCUGGCAAUAUGUGUGCGAGGUACCAAGUUCAAGUUCUUCAAAAUGCGUGAAUUCUUUGGACUUUCAAACCAAAUGAUCGAUAUUCAAUCCUACAUUAGUGAUCAUUAUGACAGGCGAUCA